AUGUAUCGUUUACGAAAUUUAUUAAAAAUAUCAAAUAAAAAACUUUGUUAUUUAAUUUCAAGCCAACGUUUCUUUGCAAAGGAAGUGCGUUUCGGUCCAGAUGUAAGAUCUCUCAUGUUGCAGGGGGUUGAUAUUCUAGCUGAUGCAGUUGCAGUGACAUUAGGUCCAAAAGGACGAAAUGUAAUUUUAGAACAAGCAUUUGGACCGCCAAAAAUAACAAAAGACGGCGUUACCGUGGCAAAGGGAAUCGAAUUGAAAGACAGAUUUCAAAAUAUUGGUGCAAAGCUUGUCCAAAAUGUUGCAAAUAAAACAAAUGAGGAAGCUGGCGACGGCACAACAACAGCAACAAUUUUAGCCAGAGCUAUAGCAAGAGAGGGUUUUGAAAGUAUUUCGAAAGGUGCUAAUCCUAUCGAAAUUAGAAAAGGUGUCAUGCUGGCUGUUGAAACUGUGACGGCACAUUUAAGAAAAAUAUCUAAACCUAUUAAACUUUCAGAAGAAAUUGAACAAGUCGCUACGAUUUCUGCUAAUGGUGACAAGAGCAUCGGGAAACUUAUAGCAGAUGCUAUGAAUAGAGUUGGUAAAGAUGGAAUUAUAACUGUGAAAGAUGGAAAAACUUUAAAUGAUGAAAUAGAAGUAGUAGAAGGAAUUCAAAUAGAGAAAGGUUAUGUGUCACCUUAUUUUAUAAACUCGAAAAAGGGUCCUAAAGUAGAAUAUAAUGACGCUUUAAUUCUCUACUCUGAUAAAAAGAUUUUUACAGCUAAUCAAAUAGUCCCAGCGUUAGAAAUUGCGAACAAUCAUAAAAAACCAUUAAUUAUUAUAGCAGAAGAUUAUGAGGGAGAACCUUUAUCAGUAUUAGUAGUAAAUAAAUUAAAAAUUGGCUUGCAAGUGGCUGCUAUUAAAGCACCAGGUUUUGGUGAAUAUAGAAAAAAUACUUUAAUUGAUCUUGCUAUCGCCACUGGUGGUGUGAUUUUUGAAGAUAAUGAAAAUUUAAUACGACUCGAAGACUGUCAAUUUGAAAGCCUUGGAAAAGUUGGUGAGGUGAUAAUAACAAAGGAUUCUACACUUCUAUUAAAUGGAAAAGGAGAUAAAAUGGAAAUUGAACAACGGAUUGAACUAUUGCGGUCUGAGUAUGACGAAACUACAAAAGAGUUUGACAGGCAGAGAUUGUUGGAUCGAAUUUCAAGGCUCAAAAGUAGAGUUUGCAUUUUACGUAUUGGAGGAUGUAGUGAGGUAGAAGUCAAUGAAAAAAAAGACAGAGUAAAUGAUGCUCUUAAUGCUACUCGAGCGGCAGUAGCUGAGGGAAUUGUCCCUGGAGGUGGCGCGGCACUAGUUCGUUGUAUACCAGAACUAGUAAAAUUAACACCACCUAAUUCUGAUCAAGCGAUCGGAAUAAACAUAAUUAAAAAAGCUUUACGAACUCCGUGUUUAACAAUAGCAAGUAAUGCUGGUUGUGACGGUGCUGUCGUAGUAUCAAAAGUUGAAGGUAUGACUUUGAACUACGGAUACGAUGCACUUAAUAAUGAAUAUGUUGAUAUGAUUGAAAGAGGUAUUAUAGAUCCAACAAAAGUAGUCAGAAGUGCAUUGAUUGAUGCCAGUGGGGUGGCAUCGCUAUUGACUACUGCUGAAGCGGCAAUUUGUGAUUUGUCAUCAGAAAAGGAUAAUGCUAGUUUUGGACGUGAAACACCUGCAGGUGUUACAAUAUAUUAA